CACAGAGACAAGACAUCAAAGAUGAGCAGCUAUUCCAAAAAAGAGGAGCCUACUGGAGAACCUUUAGUGGCAGGUGAAGAGCCGGCACUGAGGAUCGUACUGCUUGGGAAGGUUGGAGUUGGGAAGAGUGCUUCAGGAAACACCAUUCUGGGCAGAGAAGCAUUCAAAUCCAAGGGUGGUCUGUCUGCUCUCACAGAGAUGUGCAAGAGGGAAACAGGGAAGACUGGCGUACAAGACGUGGUUGUUGUUGAUACUCCAGGUCUGUUUAACAUCGACAAGACUGACGAGGAGCUGGUGAGCGAGAUCAAGAAAUCCAUCGGAUAUGCCGAGCCUGGUCCUCAUGUGUUCCUGAUUGUGCUGAGUGUGACCGACAAGUACACAGAGGAGGAAAGGCAAAUGGUGGAAAUCAUUCGCCAGACUUUUGGCAAAAACAUAUUUGAUUACACGAUGGUCUUGUUCACCUGUGGACAAAGUCUAGAAAAACCCAUUCUAGAGUUGAUUGAAUCAAAUAAGCAUCUCCAUGACCUGAUCAUAACUUGCAACAAUGGAUAUCACGUUUUUGAUAACAAACAUAAGAGUGACCAGCAGGUCACUGAGCUGGUGGAGAAGAUCAAAGCAAGGGUUAAGAAAGCGAAAGGAGGAUGCUACACCCCUAAGAUGCUCAAAGAGGCUGAAGCAUCCUUACCUAAACAGGUACAAAGUGCAGAUGAAAUUAGAUCCAAUCUCAAAACCAAGAUAACCAUUCUUAAAGCAACUGGUUUUUGUGGAAUAAUGGCCGGAUGUGUGACAGGGUAUCUUGCGCGUGAAGGUGAGGUGACACCUACAAUAGCAGCUGUGCUGGGAGGUCUGCUGGGUGGGUUACUGGGAAUUGGAUUGGCAGCUUUAAUAUUAUUCACCAAAAACCGUAUCAAGUGCAAAUGCCCGUGCAAAAAGUGAGGCAUUUUUUUAUUGCUUAAGCUGAUCAGACCAAUUCUAGCACAUGGAAAUACUGGAAAGGGAAAAUUAUGGUGGUGGAUUUUGUAUAUUUUUGUAUUCCUGCUUUGUUUUUGCCAUUUCAUAUAAAGUAUGUUAGAAGCCUAGAAAGAUAAUUAGAAGCUGAAAUAAGAACUGCAGUUAACACAAGCUAAAGGGCUGUCGGGACAUUAAGUAUGGAGGGGAACUCUGUCACUAGUCCGACUCACAGCCUCUAGUCUCGUUUUAUUUAGUGUUAGGUCAAUAUCAAUUUAUCAGGCUAUGGUUUGGCUAGCUAGUCAAACAGCUGGUUAGCUUGUCAGAGGGCGUCUGAAGCUAACGGUAGUGGAGUCAUGUGACUGCGGUGUAGUUCUCUAUAGCAUAACAUUUCUUUACUUUUUACUUCUGUUGGCUGCAUUAACGCUUCAAACAUCAUACAAGUGGAGGUCAUCUGUGAAGAUUAUCCUGCUGUAUAAAAUGCAUAGACAUAAAAAACGUUUAUUUUCUGCAAUGAUCCUGAAUCCUAUAGGGGAACUCAUGAUGCUAACUUCAGGGUUGGACCACAAAAAAAUAAUUUAGUUUGUUGUCUAUUUUCUGAGGACAAUUUAACUUUUUAGUAGUUUAGCAAAUUUAGCUAAUCUGGCUAGGUGUGAAACAAUACAAAAUCAUAUUGUACUUGCCCAUUGCAUAUAUUCUUAGUAACUGUCAAUCUGUUUUUUCUUCCAUUUUUUUUGUUGUUAGCUGUGCCUGUGUUGUUUAAAGAUCAAACAGAUUUUUAAAAGUGGUGCUUGUCGGCACUGCCUUUGCCAAGUUUGACCAAUAAUAUUGCGAUUACAUCACUGUUCACUUUCUAAAACUUUCUCAAAUUAAACUGGAGGAGACAAUGAAAAGUUCCUCCGGUCUAUAAAAAACACCUAAAAUCAUCCGGUUUAGAUUAAUGUAUUGUAAGCACAGCCUCCGUGUCUGAAUGUUGUCAUGACCAUCCUUGUCUCCUAAACAAUAAUGUUCCACUACAAUGAACCUUUAUAAAUCAUUAGUAAGUUGAAACUAAAGGCUUUAUUAAUAGUUAAUUAAAAAUGUCUUGUAGAUUUGUUUUGUGCCACUCCGAGGGACAAGAGACAGGUUGAAAGGUUGUAAGAAACCCCUGUGACUGGUGUUCACCCUUUUUAGCAGUGAUAAUAUACAUACUAGUACACUAUUUGUUAUACACUCAUCGAUACCCAUUUGUUCAUCUUUAUAUAGAGCUAGACUAUGCAGUUAUGCAAUUAAUAAAUGGAUUUUAUUCCAGACGUUCUACAAAUCGUCAACAAAGUUCUCAAGUUGCAUGGGUAUACGUGAUGAACUUAAGGGUGCUUUCACAACCCGAAGUUUAAUCCAUUUUAAUCAAACUCUGAUGCGGUAAAAUCCUUGUUAUGGUUAGUUUGGUUGCUUGUGAA